AUGCACCGAAAGAAGUCUCAGAACAACGGCGCCAACGACGACGGCGACGCGGCGCCGCCGACGUCGAAUGUUUUGCGCAUCAAAGUGAUCUCGAUGGGGGACGGCGGCGUCGGCAAGAGCUGCGUCAUCAAGCGGUACUGCGAAGAAAAGUUUGUCAGCAAGUACAUCUCGACGAUCGGCAUCGACUACGGUGUCAAACCCGUCAAGGUCAACGGGUCGGAAGUCCGCGUCAACUUUUGGGACCUGUCUGGCCAACCCGAAUUUCUCGAAGUCCGCAACGAGUUCUACAAGGACACCCAGGGCGCGAUCUUAAUGUUUGACGUGUCGUCGCGGCGCAGCUUUGAAGCGCUGGACGGAUGGCUCAAAGAAGCUGCCAAGUACGGCGGCGGCAAGUUUCCGUGCGUGGUUUGCGCGAACAAAGUCGACAAACUGCGCCUAGUCAAGGAAGACGAAGGGGCGGCAUGGGCCGCGGCCAAAGGGUACGAGUACUUUGAGACGUCCGCGCAGACUGGAGCGAACGUUGCCGAAGCGCUGCACCACCUCUUCCAGCUCGUUGUGAACCGACUGAAGUAA